AUGCCGUCUCGUAGCAUAGUGCGUUUUUCCCUCCCAGAUUCUCCACGCCCAUAUUCUACCCCGCAUACCUACUAGCCAAAGGGCGAGAGUAGCCCAGAGGAAAAGAAGAGGUUUGAUGAGAGAGCAAAGACUCACUAGCAGUGUUCUUGUGUAACUGAAUAGUCACUGGACAGCUGAUAGACGCCUUAUCCCCCACAGAGGAGGACCACGAUAGACACUCCCUGGUUCUCAAGAUCCCCGAGCCGUCGGCACAGAUGCCCAAGCGGGCGCUGUCCCGUAAGUCCACGUUUCGACGCAGCAACCUCGGGCCUAGAGGCAGCAGCGGUAGUGCAGGGUCAAUGGUGAGCACCCGGUUAAGCAGGUAUUCAAUCGACUACAGCGACUACAUCCCCGACGAAUACGGAAGCCCUUCAUCAGCAGCCGAGAGUUUCUUCAAGACCGCUGGAGGAGGGGAGAACUCACCGAUCCUGCGAUCAAUCUCCCAGAGGGCGGAAAACCACCUACCGGUACACUACUUGCGCCGUACCCGUUCCUCUGAGACCAUCGCGUCAUCCGCUAUCGCGAUUCUGGCACUGACGGAUACCAUUGGGUCAACACCCGGGAAAAGACUCGGCGGACGGCUGCUGAAGCAAGGAGAGUAUUUCCCGCCGGAGAAAGCCACCGCCGUGUCCAUUCUCUCCCCGCCACCAGGGACUCCAAGGGCCGCUACCAUGCGGAGAGCCAGAAGCGCCGAGUUCCAUCGCGGAGCAGCAGGCAGCAGCUUGAGUGUCGCGCCGCUGCCACCAUCUCUGAGAGCCGAUACGGCGGCAUCCGGGGUGAAUUGUAAGGAGAGAAAGGAUCAAAAGAAGGCCAAGAAGAAGAAGGAAAACAAGCAGCAGACAAUGACGACAAUUCCUCAUACGUGGGGAUCGGGUACGCUGCCAUGUUGAAGAAAGAGCCAGCUCCUACUGCCCAUCAUACCCCAUCACUAGGCCCAGAUUACUCCGGAAAAGAGCUCCCGCCAUCGUCAACGGGUGCCAAUCCCACACCCGCGCGUCCUCCCCCACCCUCGGAAGCAGUCGAGAUCGCUCCAUCGUCUAGGCAGCGGCGAGUCCCAGGCUCUGAGGCGCCCGCCAAGAUGAUAUGA